UUUCUUUCAUCAGUAAUGCACCUCCUUUUUUGAAUCCUUCUAAAGAAAAUUUAAAAUCCUUUGAUAUGGCUUACUCCGGUGCUUCUAGUUCUAACUCGAUUCCAAUAAAUUCAUCUCCCGACAAAGUCUUAAACCAAGACUCGACCAGUUUUGAUAGCAAUACCAAACUCAGCCUCGAAAUUACUCUUUCAACUACUCCUAAACCGAUUCCAGUUGUCGAAAAAGAGCAUUCAAAGAUGUCCAUACAAGGUCAGUUUGACGCCAACAAACAAGUCACAAAACUAAAGAAAAAGUAUGCCACCCCAACGAAAUUUGGAGCACGCAGUCACGUAAGUGUGCCAAGUGUCAAUAAAGAAAAUUCUCUUUCAGAAAACUUUGUUUUUGGUAAAAAAACUGAAAAAACUGCUCGGUCCUUCUUCCCAACCUCCUCAAUUUUAUGCCGUUGGCAUGUGAUUUCGGACCAUGCAUCGCAUCACCCUCAACCCUCAUCAAUCGAUGAUUACAAUGCUCGUCAUCAUACCCAAGCCCAUCAACUUAGCUACCCCAAAGGUACAUUGACCAUGUCCUAUCUAAUGAACCAUCCUGUCUUAUCUAAAUACUCAUCCCGCUCUACAACCCACCAAAAUCAACCCAACCCAAACCAGCCCAAACCACACGGGAAGGAUGUUGUUGUCGAAGAAGAUGUCGUGCCUACGGUUCCAGGUGACGUUAAUCUCACUCCCAAUAUAAAUCACGACGACAAGGCCGUCACAGAUUUUGCGAGAGAUCAGAAGCGCUCUAUUCGCAAGGCAAUACGCCAGGAAGAGAGAUCGAGAAGUGGAAGAACUCAUAGCCUCCCUCAUCCGAAAAACGGGCCGUAUAAGUGUCCAAAGUGUAAGGAGGUGCACCAAAUUUCUCAAACUUUUGCAGCUCACAUGCGUAAUCAUUACAGGUCUGAAAGCAAAAAAGAGAGGAACGAAAGAUUGGCUGCUAGGUUCAACAAGAGAAGGUUCCGCUUUGUGGGCUUGUCGUCUGGAGGCUCGUCGUCGGGUGGAUCGACAACUAUGUGGCCUGUUGGACGAUACGAGGUGAAAACUGAGCAUCCUCAUCUUCCACCAGUGAUAUCUACCGUAACGGGUAAAGAGUGGAGAAAUAUCCAGAGCAUGGCCAUGGUGGAAGCUACUUCAAGCGAACCAAAUGAGUGACGAGAAGCAAAGAAGGAUACAUUAUCAAAACAAAUGCUGAACUCAAGGGCUUGUCUUUUUAUUUUAUUUUAUUUAUCAUUGCAAUGCUUUGUGGUUUCGUAAAACUCUAUGUUGUUUUAUGUUCUUUGUGGUUUGUUUCAAUGUAGCAUGGUAAUGGGUUUUUUGUUGCAUCGUAAUCAUUGUCUUUGAUUUCCAGAUAACAAAAUUAUGUGUAAUCGUUAUAAAUAAAAUCUAAAAGUCCUU